AUGGCGAGCGAGGAGCAGCUUAAUGCGUUCAUCGCAAGGCAUCGCGAGCUGCUCAAGCGGGAGCGAGAGGCCGAGAUCGAGCGUACUUCCCUGUUGCUCUCUAAUUGCGCGCCCAAGUUACUCGAGCAGAAAGGCCUCGCGUUGUGCGGCCUCGGGACCACAUCUGUUGGGAUUGGUCUUGGGGGGAAGACUCUUGUAGAGCUCGAGCGACCGACGGCAUACCACAGCACCCCGAUAUUUCCUCCACACUCGCUGAGGCCAGGCGAUCUUGCCCGCAUUGAGGAGCAUACUACCUCCGCCGCCUCGAAGAAGACGGCAAAGCCCAAGAAAGCUGGCGCAACCGACAAGCCGAAAGAUGACGGCGUCGAGGGUGUCAUAUACAAAGUAUCUGACACUAAGAUCGUCAUUGCCGUAGAUCCUCCAGAGACAAGCGGCGAAGAUCUGAACAUCCCUGAACGCUGCCGUGUCGUAAAACUUGCUAACAGUGUCACAUAUGAUAGGAUGGACAAAGCACUGGAUCAGCUGGAGAAACUUGUACUGCCAAAUUCCGAUGCUAAAGAGGACAAAUUCCUGCCGAAGAUGACGAACCUCAUUCGGGUGCUUAUGGGCAUGACAGCACCGUCAGAACGAGUGCCGGUUAAAGACUUGACCUUUUUCGACAAAUCUCUCAAUUCAAGUCAGCAAGAAGCCAUCCGUUUCGCGCUCGGGUCUCCAGAAGUGGCAUGUAUCCAUGGUCCUCCAGGCACUGGCAAGACGCACACGCUCAUAGAGCUCAUUCGCCAUUUCACCUCUGCCACCCCAUCAAAUCCAAAGCCGCUGAGGCUGCUAGUGUGCGGCGCCUCAAACAUGUCGGUCGACAACAUCCUGGAGAGGCUCCUCGCUCUACCUGCACCAGAGGGAGGCGCGAAGCUCAAGGUAACGCGUAUCGGUCAUCCGGCUCGCGUUAUGGCGCAUGAGAAUGUGAUAGAAGCAACGCUCGAGGUCCAAGCGAGCCGUAGCGACGAAGCUGCAUUGGCAAAGGAUGUGAAGAAUGAGCUCGAGACCGCGCUCGGGGUGCUUUCAGGUAAAGGGAAGGGCACUAAGGGCAAAGGACCUCGGGGGCUCGAGCGGAAGAAGAUGUGGGACGAUGUGAGAGCACUGCGAAAGGAGUAUCGACAACGGGAAGGCGGUGUAGUCCGGAGCGUCUUGAAGGAUGCACAGGUCGUGCUCGCGACAUGCCACUCCUCCGGAGGCAGGCAGCUUUGGAAUCAGAACUUCGACGUCGUCAUCAUAGACGAGGCGACCCAAGCAUUGGAAGCUGUCUGCUGGGUACCCAUAUUCAAAGCGCAAAAGUUGAUCCUUGCGGGAGACCCCAUGCAGCUCCCGCCCACGAUCAUCUCACUAGACAAACAUGACAAGAAGAAAUCCAAGUCUGGCACAUCAUCAGACAAGCCAAAGGAGAAGAAGCCCCCUGCCCCGAAGGCGCCGAAGUCGAAGAGUCCCUCGGAAAAGGUAGCAGAGGCUCCGGCGGAGGACGCCAAACCGGACGAGGACGCAUCGGGUUCCAGUGACGAGGAGGGAGACUCUGAGAUUGCUGCUGAUCCCGAGGAAUCCGUUAAGGCUACCCCAAGAGACCCACGGAAAGCAGGCUCGCAAGCGGUGCUCCGUCCGCCAUCCACGCUGGAAAUGACGCUCUUCGAACGGCUCGAGAAGAUGUACGGUCCCGGGAUCAAGCGCAUGCUGACCGUCCAGUACCGGAUGCACAAGCAGAUCGCAACUUUCCCGUCCAAAAUCAUGUAUCACUCGAAGCUCACGUCCCACCCCUCGGUCGCGUCUCACCUCCUGCGCGACCUCCCGAACACCAAAGCUGACUCCGAGGAGGAUGAGAAGGAGAUACUCGGAACGCCUGCAGUAUUCUAUGACACCGCAGGCUGUGAGUACUUCGAACGCGUCGAGGGCGAUGGAGACGAGGGGAGCCGGUGUAACGAAAACGAAGCGUCAGUCGUGAAGAUGUGGCUGGAUCAGCUGGUUGGCGCGGGCGUCCAACCCUCCCAAAUCGCAGUCAUCACGCCCUACCAGGCGCAGGUGACACUCCUGACCUCCCUUCUCCGUCCAAUAUUCGGCGCAGAAUUGGAGAUCGGCACUGUGGACGGCAUGCAAGGACGAGAGAAAGAGGCCAUCGUUAUCAGCCUGGUACGCAGCAAUGAAAAGCGAGAGGUAGGUUUCUUAAAGGACAAGCGCAGGCUGAACGUGGCGAUGACUCGCGCACGUCGACAUCUGUGUGUCGUUGGCGACUCUUCGACUGUACAGCACGGCAGCCCGUUCCUGAAGAAGUGGAUGGCAUGGCUCGACGCAAACGCCGACGUACGAUAUGCUGGCCUCGAGUAGGUCAACCAUCAGCUACAUCGCAAAUGGGUACACAGCGACGCCCGCUAGAGUACACGCAUGAGACGUUCAGCGCACAAACCGAAGAAAGGUAUGCAGUAUGUACGAAUAGGAUGUAGCAUCUAGCAUUCUGGGAUUAGACAACAAUAGUACCGCGAUAUUCCCCUGUACAACUACACGUAGGCUCGUCAAGUCCUAGGGAAACUAGUAGUGUCUCAUAGCGCGGGGUCCCUCCCGACGCUCCCUGUGCGCCGGCGGGCGGCCACUGGGGACCCCUCCGCGCCCGCUGCGGCGAGCAGGCCCGCCUCCUCUUCGCUGUACGAGCGGGCGAGGCCCCGGCCCCUGCUUGGCGGUUUGGGCUUGUAUAAAAGGGACUGGCACACGAUGGUGAUGUCGAACAUAAGUGUCCCGCCGCUGCCCAGCAGGUACGGGAUGCUCUCGCGCAUGAAUGCGGAUGCCUCUGGCUCCGGGAGUUGCAUGUUGGGCGAGGUGAGGAUGGAGGAGACGUAGAAGAAGUUGCCCAGAAAUGCGAAGAUGAAUAGGUAGAUUGACAAGCCCUCUACGGAUUUCCUGACAUAGUUCUUCCAGAUCUGAGGUAAUCGAGACGUGAGGUAUAGCGUUGUGCAGAUCCACGCCGAAAUCCUGCCGAUGACAUGCUCUAUGGUCGGUGGAGGGACAGGAUCGUCCAGAACGGCGACGUCGCCGAUAUUGUAGAGCGGUUGAAACACAGAAGGCUCUCCAGAGAGUUGAGCGGAGAGGAUAGCAUCGCCUAGGUGAGAUUCUGAGACGACCGCCGGAACAGCAGCCACAGGAACUUCUGCACGAGUCCAUAUUCGUCCUGUGUGCCCGACAGCGCUAGAUGAAGCAUCCUUCCGCCCGCCCACCAAUGACCCAACCCCAAACAGCGCCCAUACUCCCAAAAAGACCAUGGUCGCACCUUUCCGACUGGCACGGGAACUGCGCCUGUUUGCGUUCGCGCUUAACCACUCAUCGUCUGCCACCUCAACCAGAUCCACCGCCCUGACCGGUGGCCGACCUCGUGCGACAAGGUCUGCCUCAUCCAUAGGUGGUGGGGGAGCGGUCAUGUGUAAUGAGCUGUGCAUACGACCCGGAGGUGAUGUGGUCGAGUGUCGGCUAUGCCCUUGGAAGGAGUCGGUGCCCCAUGCGACAUGUUUCCGUCUUCCCGAGCGCCCGCCCUCAGAGUGAAAGCUUUCGGUGAGGCGUGCCAAAGCUUCUUCGGAGACCUCCUCAUCGUCUUCAUAGGCGGUCGAGUGCGGCUCGAUCGAGUGGGAGCGCCCGCUAUGCCACCGCUCUUCUUGCUGCGCUGCCAGGGCUGCGGUGGCAGCCACAUUUGCUGCGACGUUAGAUAAUGCGCGGUAAUGAGGUGCGCCGGCACCGCGGUCGAUGGACAGUCGACGUGUCGUUACAGAGGUCGUGCGAUCCCUGCUAUGAAGGUAUGGACGUGACGGCUUCUUGGAGAUACGGCGGUAAUAGACGUAUUGGCUCAAGAGGCUGAAGUCGACGAAGACGAAGUACGUCGCGAGCCAGGUCUGGAAGGGCAACUGGUGUGUCAGAAUGCAUCCCACCAAAUUGGUUGCAUCGCCUAAAAGCCAGUUCAUCAGGAAGGGCAAGGCGAGGCCAUCGACAGAUUGCCUUCGUGCAUUCUCGAGGACCUGUGGAAACUGAGCGCCGAGCCAACAGGCGAUGGAUGUGUAACCGAGGAGUUCGCUGAAUGUUGCAGAGAGGGCCAUGGACGAUGUUGCAUACAGCGUCGACG